AUGGCCUUGACCCUUAGUGGCCUCUGGGGUCAUCUGUCUUUUCAGGACACGGCAUAUGGUGCCCUCCUCACGUUCCUUAUAUACUACCUCGGCCACGCUGUUUACGCCCUCUACAUUCACCCGCUAAGCCGCUACCCCGGACCCAAACUUGUCGCUGUCUCCCUUAUCCCACAAAUCGCCUACGAGAUCCGCGGUCAGCAACACUCCUGGGUCAAGGCACUCCACGAUAAGUAUGGCGAGGUCGUCCGCAUCAGCCCGAAUGCCCUCAUCUACCGCGCACCUCAGCCUUGGAAAGACAUCUACGGCCACAAGAAAGGAGGACAGAAAACUGAGCGGAUACCUCAAUAUCCCUCAUUUCUACCCGUCCUCAAGCCACUGAGCACGCCCUUGAUACCGAGGCGCCUUAUCGAGAGGAGAGACGCCGUAUUCUAUCAGGCCGUGGAGAGGGCUAGUCGACACCUUCAGCGCCAAAUGGAGCGACCGGACUUUACAUCCUAUAUCCUCCAACAUAAAGACGGUGAGCUUGCAAUAUCCAGGGGCGAACUCGAUGCAAAUGCGGGCACUUUCGUGCUGGCGGGCAGCGAGACGACUGCUGCUAUGCUGUCGGGAACUACGUACUAUCUUCUACGGCAUCCGGCUGUGUAUCGAUGA